AUGCUGGCCGCGGGAGGUCCGCUCGCCGCCCGGCUGGACAGCCUCUUGCCUUGCUGGCUCGUCCUGUCGCUCUCCGGCACUCUGGCCUCGGCGCAGCCGCCGGGGGUCGCGGUCCUCUGCCCGCCGCUCUGCCACUGCGAGGAGGACGGCAUCGCGCUCUCCGCCGACUGCUCCGAACUCGCGCUCUCCUCCGUGCCCGGCGGCCUCAGCCCCUUAACUGCCUACCUUGAUCUAAACAUGAACAACAUCAGUGAAUUGCUGCCUGGAGAUUUCCAUCACUUACAUUUUCUGGAAGAACUGCGCCUAUCUGGAAACCAACUCUCUAAAAUUCCAGAAGGAGCAUUUUCUGGCCUCUACAAUUUAAAAAUUUUGAUGUUACAGAAUAAUCAGCUCACUCGGAUUCCAGCGGAGGCUCUAUGGGAUCUUCCUAAUCUUCAGUCACUACGCCUAGAUGCCAAUCUGAUCUCUGUUGUACCUGAAAAGAGCUUUGAAGGGUUAACUGCCUUACGUCAUCUCUGGUUGGAUGAUAAUGCCCUGACAGAGAUCCCUGUUAAAGCACUCAAUAAUCUGCCAGCUCUGCAAGCAAUGACAUUGGCGCUCAACCGAAUCUGGCACAUUCCUGAUUAUGCCUUCCAGAACCUCACUAGCCUUGUGGUAUUACACCUGCAUAAUAAUCAGAUCCAGCACUUGGGAAUACAUGGUUUUGAAGGACUCCAUAAUCUGGAAACUCUGGACCUAAAUUAUAAUGAGCUGAUGGAAUUCCCAAUGGCGAUUAAGUCACUCAAUAGACUUCAAGAGCUGGGCUUCCAUAACAACAACAUCCAGGCUAUUCCAGAGAAAGCAUUUGCUGGAAAUCCUGUACUUCAAAUUAUGACUUUAACCCAGGCUGGAAUCCAUUUGCUUCCGGGAGGAAUGUGUCAGCAGUUGGCCAGCCUACGAGUUCUUGAGCUUGCGCACAAUCACAUUGAGAAACUGCCCAGUUUUCACCAGUGCCAGAAGCUGGAAGAAAUUGGCCUUCAGCACAACUGUAUCCACGAAAUUGGAGCAGACACCUUUGGGCAGCUCACAGCCUUGCGCUCCCUAGACCUGAGUUGGAAUUACAUUCAGUUUAUCCACUCUGAAGCUUUUCUGAUGCUCCAUUCCCUCAUCAAGCUGGAUUUGACUGACAAUCAACUGGUGACACUUCCAUUGGCUGGCUUGGGUGGAUUGACUCAUCUGAAGCUCAAAGGCAAUCCUGCACUGUCUGAAGCAUUCCCUAAAGAAAGUUUCCCCAAGAUACGGGUCUUGGAGGUGCCCUAUGCGUACCAGUGCUGUGCCUAUGGAGCAUGUGGCAACUUCUUCAAAAUCUCCAGUCAGUGGGACUCGGAGGACAUGAGUCCUGAGGAUGAUGGUGGCUACAAGAAAAACCUGGGACUUGAUCAUUAUGACCUAGACAUGGAUGAUUUCCAGCUAGACCCUGAUGAUUCAAAACUACAUCCCAACAUCCAAUGUACACCCAGCCCUGGUCCUUUCAAGCCCUGCGAUCAUCUGUUUGAAAGCUGGGUCAUCCGCCUGGGUGUCUGGCUGAUCAUGCUAGUUUCUGUGCUGUGCAAUGGAUUGGUUAUAGUGGUUGUUUUUGCCUCGCCAGGCUAUCUGUCCCCAAUCAAGUUUAUCAUUGGAUCCAUUGCUGGAGCCAAUAUGUUAACAGGGAUAUACUGUGCUAUUCUCGCAUUUGUGGAUGCAGUCACCUUUGGUCAUUUUGCAAAAUACGGGGCCAGGUGGGAGAUGGGUGCAGGGUGCCAAGUGACUGGAUUCCUGUCAGUUUUUGCUUCAGAAGCUUCCAUUCUGCUCUUAACCCUUGCUGCAGUGCAGUGCAGCUUUUCGGUAUCGUGCAUGCGGACAUAUGGAAAGGUUCCUUCCUUUGGCUCUGUCAAGGCAGGUGCCCUGAGUUGUCUGAUCCUCUCUUCAGUGGCUGCAAUGUUACCCCUCUUCUCCAUUGGGGAGUAUGGGGCAUCCCCUCUCUGUCUGCCCCACCUACUUCCUGAUGGGAAACCUUCCAUGUUGGGUUUCAUGGUCGCUUUGGUGCUAGUGAAUACACUUUGCUUCCUCAUUAUCACUGGGACAUACAUCCGCCUCUAUUGCAACCUGCUGAAAGGUGAGUUUGACUCUGUCUGGGACUGUGCUAUGAUCAAACAUGUUGCUUGGCUCAUUUUCACCAACUGCCUUCUUUACUGCCCGGUGGCUUUUCUCACCUUCUCUUCCAUGCUUAGCCUCAUUCUCAUCACCCCCGAAGUCAUCAAGUCUGUGCUUUUGGUGGUCCUGCCCCUGCCAGCCUGCCUGAAUCCCUUGCUUUAUUUACUCUUUAACCCCCAUUUUAGAGAUGAUUUGCGGCUUUUGAAGCAGAAGAGUCAGGUCCAGGAAAGCUGUGCCCAGUCUUGUAUUUCUGAGGAUACAGAGAAGAGCUCAUGUGACUCUACUCAAGCUCUUGUUCCUUUCUCCGAUAUCGAUCAUAUAUUUGAAGCAUCAGAUCUCUAUAGAGUGCCUCACAGGUGUUCCUCAGUUCUAGAUGCCUACCGCUUCUCCUCAGUGACUCUGAUCCCUUGCCAGCAAAAAGCAGGUGCCAGAGGACAUGACAGUGGCUUCUCCACCCAACCUUCCUAUCUUGCUGAUGAUGAGCUGCUAAUUGCAUCAGAAGGCAGAGACCAGGCAAAGAGCAACCUUUGGAUUGCCUUGUUCCCCAAACCACCUUCACCAGCCUUCAUAUCUCAUUUAUAAGACUCAGUCCACAUUCUCUCAAUAAAUAAAAGAAUCAUACAAGAUCUUCUCCUGGAGCCACCAAAAGCUUCAGCAAGUGGCUCUUCUAGGAGAAAAGAUGAUUCACUGUAUUUUUUUUCUUCUCAAAACAAGGCUACACCGUCAGCAAAAUGGCAGCAAUUCCUUUGUAACCUAGCCUGCUGGGGUACUGCUUCCUCCUCUCCUACUGCAGCAAUGUGAAACUGAUAAAGAUCUACAUAGCUGCCUAAGAAAUUAAGGCACCCCAAAGUUCAUAAUAAUUGUGUAUCUACCUGAAAGUCCAAGAAAAAUAGCAAACCCAGGAUAAGAAUUCUGGCAAUUCUGCCCUUUUAGGAAUUACACCAUUCUAUAGCUCUUAAUUUUUAUGAUAGGUGGAUCACUUUAGUCCAUGAAUAUCAAAUAAAAAAGACUGAACUGAAUAGAAACAUCAAGAAGACAAUGUGAUUUCAGCUCUACUCCCAUGUUUUUUUUUUACUAAAUAGCAAUCUUUUCAUAGCAAUGUCUUUGUCUCAUAGCAAACUUGUCAUCUUUUAAAACUGUUGUAUAUAUGAAUAUGAAUCAUAAACAGAUUAUCCAGUCAUGUUUAUUCAAUGCAAUGCAUGACUGCACAUGUAUCCACGUCUACACAUAGGAACAAUUGAUAGGAACAAUUCCCACAUAAUAGUAAUCAUACAAGGAGACAUAGCUGUUUUAAUCAGUCAAAAACAAUGCUUCCUACCUGCUCCUGUAUAUAACUAAGCAUAUUUAAGUUAUUCAGAAGCACUAGGAAUCAAAAUUAAAUAAAUAAAUA